GUUGAUAACAAAAUAGUCCAACAACAACAACAAUGGUCUAAAGCAAUAACAAACGACUGUAGGAUUAUCAUUUUUUCGCUGUGUAACCGUGCUCAAAACUCCAAUCUCGACGUGUACACGUUCAAUCACGCUUUACACGCUAUGUCCGAUUACGAAUACGUGGCCGGAGGACGAUUGAAAUUGAAAGGUGAUGCAGGAAUCAAGAAAAAAAAGAAAAAGAAUAAAGAUAAGGAAAAAAUUAUUGAAAAAGUAAAUAAAGGAUUAGAACAGGAAAAAUGUAAGGAAUACCAUGUUCCACCUACUAAAGCUGAGUUGGCCUUCAUGAAACAACAAGAGAAACUGCAAAAAGAAAGAAUUCUAAAAAUCGCAUCAACAACACACAAAAAAAGAGUUGAAGAAUUUAAUCGUCACUUAGAUAGUCUCACAGAACAUUUUGAUAUACCUAAAGUCAGUUGGACCAAAUAGUCAUUGAAUACAAAUAUUAUACUUUACCUUUUUGUUUAUUUUGUAUUUCGUAAAAU